AUCUACCAGCGGAGGAAAAUGGCCGUCAAGGAAUCGAACAUCAGACGUUCUCAGGGUUGACUACGAUCUUCAAGACAUUUACAGCCACAAGCAUCCUUAAUGUAGGCGUUACUUAGCUCAGAAGCAUCAAGAUGAACUUCUUAAAAGGAUCAGGCCCCACAGAGGAAGAGAAGGCAGAACACAGAGUCAUCAAACACACGCUGAGCAGCCAGCUGUCCAGAACCAUCAAAAGGUUGCAGCAGGAGCACAUUGGAUCAGACUCGGCUGUUCGAAGCGGUGACCAUGGCAACGCCAUCUGUAACGUCCUGGAGGCCAUCUUUCUCCAUGGGCUCAAGGCCUCCUUCGCAACUAAGAUCUCAGGGAUGUUUGGGUCAGGGAAGGAGGAGAAAGGGCCAGUCAUGAGUUUCUGGCCCUUCGUGAUGCACUUCACCCACAAGGACGUGGUUUCCCAGCUGAACCACCUCGCCCACAUCACCACGGAGAUCGGGCAGUGCAGGGCAUGGAUCCGACUGGCCCUGAAUGAUGGACUGAUGGAGAGCUAUGCUGAAGCCAUGCUGAGGGACAAGGAGCUCCUCAGGUCCCACUACAGGUCUAUUGCGUACCUUAGAGAUGAGGAACACCCCACUAUCAUGAAGAAUCAUCUGCAAGGGUUGGAGGGUUUUCAGUUCCAGCUGUCCUACAACUCCAGCGUGCUGAACGACUGGGGCGUGUCCUCUCUCACCCUGGCUGGGCUCUGGUCUCCCCUGCAGGCUCCUGAGGCUGUCACACCAUCAUCACCUGAUGUUGCCAUGGAGGCCACUGAGGGUGAUGACCCCAUCCUGCCCUCACAGCAGGCAGCUAGGGAGGUCAAGCAGGUCAGGUCGGGUCGCAAGGGUCAGAGGUCUUCACGGAAGACGGUCGACAUCCUGGAUCCUGAGGGAGAUACGGAUUCAGUGGGAUCGUCUGUUACCAUGGAAACAGAAGCAUCCACGGAGCAAAUCCUGGAUGGUGGCAACAGAACCACGUCUGUGGAGAGUACUGCGGGUGAACAAAAGGAGGACACAAGUCAGGUUUUCUUGAGAAAGGAGAAGCCAUCUUCUUAUGAUUUUAAGAGUGCUGUGAAGGACAUUGCGGAAGGGGAAAUGUCUUCAGGAAGUUCUCAAGGCAUCAGGGAGAUUCAAGAAGUCUCAGAGUCUCCACACUUUAAAGACAGCGUUGAGGACUUAAAGGUAAUGGGUCAUCAGACUUCUCAAUUUCCAGUGGAUCCAACACCAGGGAGCAACUCAGUUGUUACACCAAGCAACUCGGUUGCCACUUCAAGCAACACAGUUGCCACACAGAACAACUCAGUUGCCACACCGAGCAACUCAGUUGCCACGCCAAGCAACUUGGUUGUUGCACCGAGCAACUCAGUUGCCACUCCAAGUGGUGCCGUGUCCCCAGCAGGAACUGAGAGAGUCGAUGGUCUUACUGUUAACAGGAACACUGAAGAAAAUGUUCAUUUCUCUGGGGAUAGACAGAGCUCUGUGGAAACCAGGGUUGAUCAGCCUAGUACAUCGCCAUCAGGGUUUUCUCUGCCACUACAAACGUCAGACCAACCACAAGGCGCGCAGGAGAAAGAGACCCGGUCGGAAACUCUGACCUCUCAGGACAUGUACUAUGACAUCUACAGCAGGAGCAGGACGGAGACAGAAGCUAGCAUCACAUCCCCAUCCUCCAAUGACGAGGGCGAGGACACAGUAAAGGUAGCAGCAGAUUCGUCAGCUGUGAGUAGCAUCAUUCAGCCGGCUUCACAACAACAAGGGCAAACAUCUGCUGAGAGCAUGGAAAGUGAGGAGGGUGUGGCAGGAUACGGUAGCUAUGGCAACAGCCUGGGGGUGCGAUCUGGUUGGUCGUCAGCCGGGACUAAGGAGAGCAUCCUUGCCAACCCUGGCAGACACAGGGCACCGUCCUCCUCAAGAGGCAGUUUUGACUCGUUGCUGAAGAGCUACUCGCCCCAGGGCAGUCUGGCCACAACCCCAGGGAUGCAGGAGAUACUAGAGGCCAUGGCAGGGCCUGACUCUGGACAGGAGGCACAACUGGAGGCACAGGAACCUGAUAGUAGCCAUUUGGAAGAAAGUUAUGAGUUAGACAGAGAAGACUUUGAGGUUCUGCCAUUGGGCUCCUCAGUCACCUCAGGCCAUGCUGACCCAAGAACAAAGGAGCUGAUGGCCCAGCUGACGUCCAUUGGCCGCGAGAAGGGCCUCGAUGUGCAGAACUUCAAGUGCAAGGACUGUGAGCGGCAGAUCGGACUCAUUUUUGGGAAGUACCAAGUGUGUAACUACGAUGGCUGUUACUACUGCGAGGAGUGUCACGUCAAUGAAGAGGCGGUCAUUCCUGCUCGCAUCAUCCUCAACUGGGACUUCAAGAAGCACAAGGUUGCCCACAGCACGAAGCUGUUCCUGCUACAAGUGGAAGAGGAGCCGCUCAUCAACCUGGAGGAGUGCAACCCUGACAUCUACACGUACAUAAAGGAGAUGUCAGAGGUCAAGACCCUGCGGCUGCAGCUGAAGUAUGUAAAGGCGUACCUGUUCACCUGUAACCAGUCAGUGGCUGAGGAUCUCAGAAAAAGGGUUUGGCCCAAGGACUACAUGCUGGACAGGAUCCAUCUGUACUCUGUUGUUGACUUGCUGCAGGUGACGUCGGGUCAGCUUCAGCAGCACCUGAAGAAGGUGGUGAAACAUGCCACCAAGCACGUCUACAAGUGCCAGUUGUGCAGCCAGAAAGGGUUCCUGUGUGAGGUCUGCAACAGUCCCAACCCCAUCUACCCAUUUGAGACGGAGACCACAGUCAGGUGUGAUCGGUGUAAGGCGGUGUUCCAUGCCAAAUGUCGCGCGGACAACCGGCCGUGUCCGAAGUGCGCCAGACGAGAUCUGCGCAGGUCGCAGUUCCGAACCGUGGAGGACACUUCUCCAGACUUCACUUUCCCCGUCUAGCGCUGUGGUUAUGAUGACCAUAUGUGGCUACAUUAGCCUAGAUACCAUUGUGUUAAGGGUCGUGUCUGAUCUAAAAGUCAACGACAGGUUGCACAUAUUCCGGUAGACAGAAAAAUCCGAAGUCAGUGGCAGUAAUCUGACAUAAACUCUUCUAACAGUUCUGAAGUAUGAAUUACUGCAGCAGUAAAUGACAAGAAGCAGUGUUAACGUUGAAGUGUUUGCCAUGCUGAAAGAAGCCCUGAUACAGUGUCUUUAGGUUAGCAGCCUGAUUUGGUGGCACAGAACAAUAGACUAAACACAGGGAAGACUCCAGGUUGUUGUAAGUACUCAAAUCAGUUUUAUCUGGAAUACAGUGUGUCUCCACUACCCCUGCAUGCAGAUUCCAGACGGCAAUGGCAGAAGAUACAGUCACGUACAAGUACCGUUAAUCUAAAGGACUUUUGUAGAGUAUUGGCAGUCUGUCGGUGAAGGUCAGACAUCCAGGUAAUAAGAUACUGUACAUC